AUGACGUACCUCGUACGCGGGACAUCGGAGGACUGUGCAGAGCUGCUGCGUGGAAGAGAGGUGACAAGGAUCUCCCUGCGUGCAUCUGACCAGUUCGUCUGCGCCCGCUUCGCAACGGAGUUGGAAGAGGAGAUACGGCUGUCCAAGAAGAGUCCGCUCACGACGGCUAGCAAGCUCAAUCUCUCUAUGGAUCGCGGUGGUAUAUAUGAAGCUGACAUCUCGUUCCCUCUCAAGCCACAUGUGAGGCAUCUGGAGGCAGUGACGGCGACGACUUGUGCGCAUACAAGAGUAUCUUCCGGCUUUAACCCGGAAUCCGUUGAAGACAUCGCAGCUGGUGACGACCGGUACAAGGCGAAGUAUGCUCAUUGGUUCCCGAAGCCAGCGGAGCUCCCUGAGGUCGAGGACACGCCCGACUCGCUGAAGACACCGUACCCCUUGGAGACCCCUAAGACGAUGCUGCGGCUAAGGUCGCAGUGGAUGAAGGAUCACUCUGAAGUCUGGCAGACGGCGGUAACCUCUCCCGGAAGGACGCGAUCGGAUGUAGUAGGCCUGGUUACGAAGUCGUUCACGAUGUAG